UUUCCAAACACUUUUUUUUCCGAGCCCCGCCAUUCUACUCAGCAUGCUGCGGUGGGUCCUGUCAGCACCCUGCAUCCCCCACUGCUUUUCCAAGAGAGGAGAGUGUCCUGCCUCUUCUGACCCAGGAGUCUAACUCCAAAGCCCGGAGAGGUAUAUUGAGAAGAGCUGUCUUUUCCGAAGACCAGAGGAAGGCUUUGGAGAAAAUGUUUCAGAAGCAGAAGUAUAUCAGUAAAACAGACAGGAAGAAACUGGCCAUUAACCUGGGUCUAAAGGAGUCUCAGGUGAAAAUUUGGUUUCAGAAUCGAAGAAUGAAAUGGCGAAACUCCAAAGAAAAAGAAGUGCUUUCAAGCAGGUGCCUCCAAGAAGAAGGUCUUCAGGAGAACUACCUCUCACGAUCCACCAUGAAUUUUACCUCCCCAUGCCCAUCUGUGUGGGAAGUGUCUCAGGAGCAGGCAAGUCCAAGUUGGAGGGAGAAUUCACCAGGAAAUUCUGAAAGACUGACUAGUACACAACCACCUCCAAGAGCAAAUUCAUCGCAGAGCCCACAGUAUUUGUAUCCUGACCAAGACACUGCAAAUAAGGCAGUUACAUCAUCAGCCUAAGGAAAUAGGGGCAGUUUGUAAAUUGAGUGGACAGCACAGGCUUCAAACGAGCAGUCUUCUAAGAUUAACAGUAUUUGGACAUUGUAAAGCUAACUAGUUUAUGCCUCAUAAAUUUGCUAAAGUCUAACACCAUUAAAAUGACAAAACAACUAAUGAUUUAAGAAGUAUUCUUCAACACUGUCUUUUCUUGUUUCUUUUCCAAUCUUGUACUGACCUUAAAAGUGAAAUAGGAAUUGGUGGUAAGUAAAAUGAAGUGAAGAGCAUGAAGCUGAAGUUGUGCUCUGUUUUAUACAUCUGCACUGUAUAUGAUAUUCAUUAAAAACACACUGAUAGAGAAUAACUUUUAUCUCUCAUUGCAGUCAGACCAAUUAAUUUCUUUUGUGCACGAGGUAUGAAUAAUCCUGUUACUCUCAA